AUGAAGCGAGGGAGGGAGGAGUCCGAACUGGACAUCUGGCUGGCCGACCAUCCUGUGAUGGUGAUGGACGAUGCUGUGGCCUUCCUUGCCAAGGCGCGGGCACGGUACCGCGACCGCCCGCAGGUGUACCGGCGCUUUCUGGACGCGAUGCAGCGGUACGGAGGCGGGGCCCUGGAUGUGGCGGCGCUGCGGGCGGCCGUGCAGGCGCUGUUUGCCGGGCACCCAGCCCUGCUCAAGGACUUUGACGCCUUUGUGCCGCGGGUGGCGAGCGCUGGGGAUGCUUGGGCCGCCCACGCAGCAGCUGGAUUGGGGACAGCCACUGCCGCCGACGCCGCGGUAGCUGCCGUCUGGAUGGCUCAGGCUGUGGCAGGCGGCCAGCCGUGA